UUUGUUUCUCCUUACUGCCAAAUUCCAACACCAUUCGCGGUUGCGCCUUCCGCAAUUGAUAUAGCAUUCAAGAUGUAUUUAUAACAUGCGCAAACGUUGGAAUUUCAACUUGACGAGAUUGAUCUUGUACCCUUGCAGUACUGCGUAGUAUCAAUCAUGCUCGUGACGCUCUGCAUGCUUUAUCACGCGCUCGCCUACUCCCUUGGCCAUCUAUGGAUUCUUAUCUCCCCUUUGAGGUCAAUUUUGACCUGUGCCAUCGAUGCUACAACGUACCACCCAACGAUGGGGCGAAACAUCAUCAUCGAUAUCAUCAUGACCAUCUGCACACUUCUUGUUUGGUCAACCCUCGUAGGAUGUAUGCUGCUGCGCAAGGAAGAUCCUGCAAAACGCGCACCAUCAUGCGCACCACCACCUGCCUCAUUCCUGAUUAGUGUGUUCCAGCAUGUUUCGUUGAACCAAGCAAAUGAAAGCAUGGUGAACGCACUAAAAGCAGUGCAAAAGGCGAGGGAUGAUUUCAAAGAGAUGGAAGAUGCCUCGGCUCCCACAAUGGAGGCGUUGUGGCGCUUGAGGCAAGCCGGGAAGGACAUCCGCGAAAUCCAUCAGACGAUUGUAGAGAUGUCGGACAUGCUCAACAAACAAACAGAACAGUUGUCCCGCACUUUCCCCAUCAAUUCAGGUGGCGCAGGAUAA